AUGAUGAAACUCUUUUCUUCAACACAUCAAAACUUGUUAAGAAUAUUAAAAUAUUAUCUGCCCUUCUUACUAAUAAAUAAAAAACUCCAGAAAACAAGAGAUAACGACCAUUAUACAAAAGAAUUCAAAACACUUGUUUCAAAAAAAUAAGUGUAAAUUACAAUUAUUAAAAUUCAUUUUUAUGUUAUUCUCAAAAUUUAGAAAAAAAAAGUAGAAAUUUGAGUUCAUAAUUAAUUUAUUAAUAACUUAAAUAUUUAUCAAAUUAAAGUGUCUACUUUAGUUCUGUUUCUUUUGUAACAGUAAUAUCCUGUUCCCAAAAUUAGACAGCCUCCCAAAAUACCCAAAGUAACCCAAACUCCUGUAUGGCUACUAGUAGUAUUAUCAUGAUCGUCAUCAUUACCACCAGGUCCUAAAAUAGUUAUAGGUGUUGAAUCUGUUGAGAAAUAGUUACUAACUACAAGAUGGCCGGCUGCUAUAUCAAAUUUUCCGUCUAGCAAUAGUUGUGGAGAUGAAUUAAUCUUAUACAAAGCUAAUGAUUCUAUAUGCUCUGAAUUGGUAAUGUAAUACAACUAACUAUAAAUAUACAAUAUUACUUAGUUUUCGUAUAAGUACAAUUCCUGUUACACCUAAUACGAAUCAAAAUAGAAUGUUGGUUUUAAGGCUGCAAAAAAGGUUACUGCUGAAUUGGUACUUUAGACCUUAGGUAAUUAAUAGAUUGUCUAAACUAAAUUCAAAUUGAUUUAAUCAGUAUAGGAGACCUAUAUGAAAUUAUUAACAAUUUUAACAGAUGAGGAUGUGUAUCCCAAGAGUACGAAAGAUCCAUAGCCUUGCAAAAUAAAAACAAUCUUUUUCUAUUCCAAAUUGCAUUAAUCAACAGAACAAGAAAACUCAAUGUGUAUUCCAUAAUGAG